AUGGCGCCCCCUUCCCAACUUACCGUCGCGACCCUCUCGGUCACCCGACUCCUCAAGGAGGAGAUCUCCUAUGAGAAGGAGCUCAUCCAGCAGAAGGCCAAGGUCGCCACACUUGAGGCGGAGAUCACGGAGGGCAAGCCCGACGAGGACGGAAACCGGGAGUACAUGCUCAGACAGCUGAAACUCGCCGUGGAGGAGACGCAAAAGGUCUUCCCCGCCCUGAGAACCCGCGUCGAGGACGCGACCGUCAAGCUCGAGGAGCAGAUCGCCCUCGCCGAGAGCGGCGGCGCAUCGCCCGAGGAGCUCGAGACGGCGAAGCAGGCGCUCGCCAAGGGCAAGGAGGAGAAGACCUACGUGACCGACACUGGCUCGGCUUGA